CAAAUGUUUGUCGAUAGAAUCAAGCUCAUGCCUUCAUAAGACACAAGCGCAAGUACUCGUCCAAACCAAACGGAGAAAAAUACGGUCGAUCGCGCCAAUCCUGAGGCUUGUUCCGCUGCAACGGUUCAGAAACGAUCGAGGAGCGGCACGCAGAUCGGAGGAACAAUCGCCCUUGAUCAUUGGUCCUAUUGCCCGGGCGAUCCGUCAUCAUGGAAGAAGCUCCUACUAAACGUGCUCUACAAGAUGAAUGUCAGAAUUGCAAGUCUGUCAAGAUCCCUUGCUCCCAGAAGGGUGCACAGCUUACAACGGACGAAGCAGCAGCUAGCUGCAAGCGAUGUGCCCGUCUUGGUCUUCCGUGCAGAUUCGCCCCGAAGAAGACGGGGAGACCACGACAAUAUCCAGCAAGAACGAAAACAACGAAAACGAUCAAGCCGACUCCUACCUCAUCAACGACAACGGCGCAGGUCGACAAUUCCUCUGCUCACGAUCAUGUCGGAAAGAAGAGAUCAUCGGACGAGACCGAAAACGAAGGGUCGACUAGCAAGCGGCCCGUUCCAGCUUCACACAACCAGUCCAUCGGGCUGGACCCGGACAUUUUUGGCUUGACCGGCGAGUUGGAGACCAUCCCAGAACCGUUCAGGGAUUGGCAGGGAUCUCUUCAAGCACCAUUUACGUCUUUCGACGAAGACUGAUACAAUCCACCAGGACCACCGUCGUCCGCUCCCUUCUGAUACUACGGGCUUUUCCCGGCGGCUACAAGCUUCAAGUUCUCGCCUCGAGAACCCGGUAGAAAAGCCUGUGACGGAUCUAGAAAGUCUGCUCGAGCCCGAGAUC